UCCCACCCCCAUGCGGGCCCUCGCAUCGCCGCUGGCGCGCCUCGCCUCCCUCACACUCGCCUCCGCCACGCGCGCUCACCCGCACUGCCACGUCAGCAGCACUCGCUUCAACCGCCUUUCAACCCUCGCUUGCCCCGCCGCGCGCCACUCAGCGCACGCACUCCCCGCCGCACUCUCCGCCGCAUUCAGCGGCUCGUCCUCUCUGGCGUCGUCACCUCCCCCGUCCGCCGACGACUCCCCGGCGCGGAAGCGAGCCAAGAUGGCGGCAGCGGGAGAUGCGGCGGCAGAUGCGGCAGCUACAGGGAGCGGGUCAGCGGCGGGUGCGAGGCGCAUCGGGACGCACAGCGGGACGUUCCACUGCGACGAGGCGAUGGGUUGCUUCCUGCUGAGACGCACGGAGAAGUUCAAAGACGCGGAUGUGACUAGAACGAGGGACGAGAAGACCCUCGCCACGCUGGACGCGGUGAUCGACGUGGGCGGCGUGUACGACCCUGCAACGGACCGCUACGACCACCACCAGAAGGACUUCAAGGAGGUGUUCGGCCACGGCUUCAGCACCAAGCUCAGCAGCGCGGGGCUCGUGUACAAGCACUACGGCGAGGAGGUGGUGGCGGCGCUCAUGGGGCUGCCCAAGGACCAUGCGCAUGUGCGCAAGGUGUACCUCGCUGUCUACCGCUCCUUCAUGGAGGCCCUGGACGCGAAUGACAACGGCAUCAACCAGUUUGAGUCGGACAAGCCGCCGCGCUACGUGAUCACGACGCACCUGCCGGCGCGCGUGGGGCGCUUCAACCCCGACUGGCUGGACCACUGUUCCAAGGACGGCGAGGACGCCGCGUUCCAGAAGGCCAUGGCGCUCGCAGGGGAGGAGUUCGUGGAGGCCGUGACGUACACGGCGCGGGGCUGGCUGCCGGCGUGCACCAUAGUGGAGGACAGCAUCGCGGCGGCCGUGGCGGAGCAUGGCAACGCGGAGAUCAUCACUCUCAAGCAGUACUGCCCGUGGAAGGGCCAUCUGAGUGAGUUGGAAGGGGAGUUGAAGCUCGACCCUCUGCCCAAAUACAUGCUGUAUGAGGACGACCGCGCAAAGCAGUGGCGGGUGCAGGCGAUAUCCGUGGCGCCGGGCAGCUUUGAGAGCCGCUGCCCGCUUCCCCUGGAGUGGAGGAGCUUAAGGGAUGACGAGCUGUCGCAGCGGUCGGGCAUCCCGGGCGGCGUGUUCGUGCACAACAGCGGGUUCAUCGGCGGCAACCUCACGUACGAAGGGGUGCUCGCCAUGGCCAAGGCUGGCCUCGCUGCUGCUGCUGCCGAAGCUGCCUCCAAGGCUGCUGCCGAAGCUGUGGCCAAGGCUACUGUUGCUGCUUCCUAGAGACAUGUGCCACUGCCAAUGCCAAGGGCUGCUGCGUUAGUUGCAUUCCUGUGCAGCCGUGCAGUCCAACUUACUGCCCGCCCAUGCGUGGUCGUGCAGUAUCCGCUUGUACAGCCUGGGGACAGCUGGAGUGGGUUUUGAACUUUUGACGCUCCUCAGAUGCUGCUGUGCUUACUCUGCGGAGCACUGAUACAGGUGCGCUACUGAUGGUCACUGAGUUACCCCUGAGUUGCAGAAUGAGACACCAAAUGCAGUUACCUUGCCUGAAUUCACGGUGGCUGGUGACAUGUUAAAGCCGCUGUCCAAGAUUGAAAAAAACCCGAAACCCGUAGAGGUAGUUGGGUGUUUGCGAGUUUAGCGAGGUGGUAUGGAAUGAACGAAGCACGUGAUUGGGUGGGAAUUUUGUGGCUUCGCCACGGUGUAAUUUGAUUUUGGCCUUCCCGGUGGGUCCGAGGUGGAUGUUGCGGGCUAGGGGGGAAAGGCAGGGGGAGUUUUGUGGGCGGGGUGUGGAAAACAUUUUGAAACCUAGAGCUGGCGGAAAUUACUGGGCCCCGAGGCGGAAUCGAAAUCGCCCCUUGGGUAUAUUCCAGCUCGAAAACGCAGUGGCGGGAGUGGGGGAAGUGGGAAAGUGAGGGCGGGGUGGGGCCUGGGGGGGGAAACGAAAUGGGCUCGGGGGAAGGAAACAAGGCGAGGGGAAUAAACGCACAGGGAGCAGAGUGACAGUUUUCGAGGUUUGCAGUGCACCAUUCUGGUUCAAAGUUUUUGCACGGCUUUUGGCGAGCUCUUGCCUAGCCAGCACUGCCUCACCAGGUAACCUAGCCUUUCAACUUACGGUAUAAACAAUUGAACCUUGC